CAUUAUGCGAAGACGGUAGUUUGGAGACCAGCCCGGGUUUCUCUGCUACUUUAUCAAUUAUGUCGGGCAAGCGUCUGUUGGACGCGAUCCAACUUUGCAAUGUCGCCAGGUCCGUGGCCGUGAAGCACCUCGAGGUGCGGCAGCGCCAGUUAGACCUAUUUACCAGGACUUCAUCCCUCACCAAGGGCAUCAAGAGCCAGGUGGAUGGCCUCUGUAUGACCGCACAAGCUGCGGCAGCCUUAGCAAAGAGAUUCAAUGAUGAUCCUUCUCCCUCCCAACCAGCACCCGCACCGUCACCCCGUGCCCCGAGCUCGUCCCCCACGCACACGAAUCUCUCGCCGGAUGAGGCCAGGAAAGCACAACGACAGGCAGAAUCGCAGAUACCUUCAACGACGGCGGAACAUACCGGUUACGGAGCCAGUCAAUUGGAUGUCAGCCAGCAGCAAGAUGUCUUCUAUGAACCCUCCAAACAGACGACCCCCGGCUCGUCUGGACUUCCUAGGGUUAAGCUACCCAAGACCUCCAGCGACACGCAAACCGGCAUCAACACUGAAAUCAAUGCGGACGUAUUCCACUCUCCCGUCAGUGCCGAGAAACCGGCGUCGUCAAUCCAGCCUACGGAACAACAGGAGGAGAUUUCGGAGGAUAUGAUGAAGGAGAUAUUCCACAGCCCCAAGGUCGCUAGGAUGCUGUCUCGUCAAGCUGCUGCGGAUCUAAGAUACAAAGGAAAGACCCCGGUGCCUCCAUCUGACGCCAAACCCAUCGCGAAGGAGGCCCUGUCGAAAGAAGAGGCCCAGGCCGUGGAAGACAUUGUGUCAACAACAACAGUGGAACCUGAGACUGCCGCAGCCAUGAAGCAGCAGACAACGUACCAGAUGAUCGAGUCUCGCGUUCCAGCAUCUCGACUAGGCAGGCUAUGGCAAUACGGUGGCCUAGCCACAUCCAUGGCAUUUGGCGCCGUCAGUGAAAGCCUGCGACGCGCCACUGGAAGCCAGUCCGAAAGCACUGGAUCCCUCAUGUUCAGCGCCGGAAACAUGGAACGUCUUGUCGCCAAACUCUCCAAGAUGCGCGGAGCGGCCCUCAAGCUGGGGCAGAUGCUGAGCAUCCAAGACAGCAAAAUGCUCCCCGACUCCAUCCACGAGGUCCUCCAACGAGUCCAAGACCGCGCAGACUACAUGCCCGCCUCGCAACGCGACAAAGUCCUUACCGACAACCUCGGUCCCAACUGGCGCGACCUCUUCUCCUCCUUUGACGAAAUCCCCAUGGCAGCCGCCUCCAUCGGCCAAGUGCACGGCGCCGUCCUCGUCUCCACGGGCCAACCCGUCGCCGUCAAAAUCCAAUACCCAGGCGUCGCCGACUCCAUCGACUCCGACCUCAACAACCUCUCCAUCCUCCUAACCGCCUCCCGCCUCCUCCCACGCGGCCUCUACCUCGACAAAACCAUCGCCAACGCCCGCACCGAACUCGCCUGGGAAUGCGACUACCACCGCGAAGCCACCUGCGGCGAGCACUUCCGUUCCCUCCUGGCCGACGACCCCGUCUUCCACAUCCCCGCCAUCAUCCCCGAAGCCUCAGGCAAACAAGUCCUCACAAUGGAACGCCUCAACGGCAUCGCCGUCACCAAAAUCCAAAAUUUCACCCAAUCCCAACGCGACUGGAUCGGCACCCAAAUCCUCCGUCUCUGUCUUCGCGAAAUCACCGAAUUCAAGUACAUGCAGACGGACCCCAACUGGACGAACUUCCUUUACAACGCCCAGACGAACAAGCUCGAAUUACUCGAUUUCGGCGCCUCCCGCGAAUACCCCGACGAAUUCAUCACGAAGUAUGUGCAUACGCUGAUCGCGGCAGCGAAGAACGAUCGUCAGCGCUGCGCGGACUUGUCCCGCGAAUUAGGGUAUCUCACGGGCCAUGAGAGUCAAGAGAUGGUCGAUGCGCACGUUACUUCUGUUAUUACUAUCGCGGAGCCGUUCAUGGAGUCGUCGCCCGAUGUGUAUGAUUUUAGGAACCAGACUAUUACGGAUCGCGUGAGGGGGUUGAUUCCCCUUAUGAUUCGGGAGAGGUUGACUCCGCCGCCUGAGGAAACGUAUAGUUUGCAUCGGAAGUUGAGUGGGGCGUUUUUGUUGUGCGCGAGGUUGGGAUCUAGAGUGCCGUGUAAGGAGAUGUUUAGGGAGGCGGUUAGGAAGGCGCGGGUUGCGGGGACUAUUGAGAGGGAGUAAGUGUAUUAUUAAAGGGUUGUGGGGGUGGUGUAUUAUUCUCUUCUCUGGAAUUGUAUC